GGUGUUGGGUUAGGAGUGAGGUUAGCCUCGGGUAAAAUGAAACCGAAACCUAAGCGUAGUUACUUGAGUUCGGGCUCUCAUAGUGAAAACAUUAAGCAUCACACAGAGCUGCUGAACAGAAAUUGGUUCGACAUGUCUCCAUCUGGUUCAACUAAGGGUGAAAGUAGUGGUCUAAACCAGCACUAUGAAGAGAAGGUCCGUCCAUGCAUUGACCUAGUAGACUCUCUGAGGGCAUUAGGUGUUGAAAAGGACCUGAACCUGCCUGCUAUUGCUGUCAUCGGUGACCAGAGCUCAGGAAAGAGUUCAGUGCUGGAAGCCCUGUCUGGAGUGGCGCUCCCUAGGGGAACAGGUAUUGUGACACGCUGUCCUCUUGUACUGAAACUGAAGAAAAUUACAAAGGACAAAAGCUGGCAUGGAUUGCUGACAUAUAAUGAUAAAAUAAGGGAACUUAAGGACCCAGCAAAAAUUGAGAAAGCUGUCUUAAAUGCUCAGACUGCAUUGGCUGGAAUAGGCGAAGGGAUCAGCCAUGAAAUGAUCACUCUGGAGAUCCAGUCAUGUGAUGUUCCUGACCUCACUCUCAUUGACCUGCCAGGUAUUGCUAGAGUCGCCACUGGCAACCAGCCAGAAGACAUUGAGAAACAAAUAAAAAGUCUCAUUGAGAAGUUCAUCAAAAGACAAGAGACCAUCAGCUUGGUUGUGGUUCCUGCAAACAUUGACAUCGCCACCACCGAGGCUCUGAAGAUGGCAUCCACAGUUGAUCCAACUGGACAAAGGACUUUAGGUAUUCUGACUAAACCAGAUUUAGUGGACAGAGGAAUGGAGGACACGGUGGUCCGAACAGUCAAUAAUGAAGUGAUACCCCUGAAGAAGGGCUACAUGAUAGUCAAGUGUCGAGGUCAGCAAGACAUCAAUGACAAGCUUGGUCUGGUUGAAGCUCUGGAAAAAGAAAGAAGAUUUUUUGAUGAAAAUGUUCAUUUCAGGUCACUUCUUGAAGACAGAAAAGCUACAAUACCCCUGCUUGCAGAAAGACUCACAAAAGAAUUGGUUGAACACAUUGCUAAAAAUCUGCCACAGCUGCAGAAUCAGCUUGAGAUGAAAUUAGAGAAGACGUCUGCUGAUCUUAGAGGACUGGGAGAUGGUGUUCCUCUUGAUAAAAACGAGAAGAGCAAUUUUCUGAUAAUGAAAAUUCGCCAGUUUAAUGAUGUUCUUGAAAGAGUUCAGAUGGCAGAAGAGGAUGUUGAAAAACCAAACACAAGGGUCUUCUCCAAAAUCAGAAGUGAAUUUGUCAAAUGGAAACGCAUCCUGGAUUCCAAAGCCAUUAAGACGGAGGAAACCCUCAGAGAUGAGGUACAGGAGUAUGUAAAGACACGCAGGGGAAAGGAGCUUCCUGGAUUUGUGAACUACAGAACCUUCGAGAACAUUGUCAAGAAACAUAUUGCGGAGCUUCAUGAACCUGCUUUAAAGCUGCUCAAAGAUGUUACAGACAUUGUUCACUCCAGUGUUGACCAUAUUGUUAAUGCUCAUUUUAGCUCCUUCUCGCCACUGAUGAGGGCUGCAAAAGACCCAACUGAAGAUUUCCUCCAUGAGCAGUUUCAGAGGGCUGAGGAAAAAAUACAUUCUCAGUUUAGGAUGGAGAAGAUUGUCUACUCUCAAGACGAUCUUUACAGUGACCAGCUAACCACUGCAAAAAAUACUUUAAGAGGUUAUGGUCUGCAGUCACCCAAUGUCAGUGCAGAUGUACGGGAGAUGGCAUACCAUCUCACCUCCUAUUUAACGAUUGCAUGUGAACGUCUGGCUAACCAGAUUCCACUGAUAGUCCAGUAUCACAUGCUGAACCAGUACAUCUCUCAGCUUCAGAAUGCAAUGCUUGGCCUUAUUGGAAAGAACAGUCCAGGAAUGCUGCUCUGUGAAGAUUCUGGUGUUGCCCGUAAAAGAAAAGAUCUGAAAGAGCGACUGGAGCGCCUCAAGAGUGCAGGAAGAGUCCUGUCUAAGUUUGUGCAUUCUGCAUAAGGUCACUGGUUUAAGUCCUGGCUGGGUGUGUGACACUCGAAAACACUACAAAUUGCUGUAAAUCCCAAAUGUUAAAACAUUGUAUCCCUUUUGUUCUACUGCAUGUUACUGGUCUUAUUGUGAGUGGUUUAUUUACUGUUACUAUAUUGUUGUUUUAAAAAAUGCAUUUUACCUAAUAAUUCUUAAUUAAAUUGUCAGAAUAUAAACUGUUGAUAAACCAAAUAAUUUGUCUUAUUAGAUCCUGAUGAAUCGCUAUGAAUGAAUAUUAAAUAAACUUAAACACAGCAUG